AUGUAUGCGGAUGAAAAUGUUUGGGUCGAACCGUUCGAAUUAUAUGCCAAUAUCACAAUCCCAGGUUUAUCACCUUUGUUCCCUCAAGUACAAUGUGAUUGGAAAGGAGAAAUAUGUCAUAUAACUACUGGAGAAGCAGAGAUUAAUGCUGCUUGUUCCGUUUCUGCACUCCUCCUGUCACCCGAUUUCGACCUAACUUCCACUUAUUUCCUCAUAGCAGGAAUAGCAGGUGUUAAUCCUUUUACCGGUACACUUGGAUCUGUAGGCUUAGCACGUUGGGCAGUUCAGGUAGCUUUGGCAUACGAGGUCGAUUCUAGACAAAUACCUUCGAAUUGGACGACGGGUUAUUGGUUAGAAGGGACUGAAGAACCUGGUCAAGCACCUGCUGAGAUUUAUGGUAGUGAGGUUUUUGAGCUCAAUACCAACCUCCGUGACGCCAUAAUGCCUUAUCUCGAUGGUGUGAAAUUGAAUGACACUGAGGCUGCAAUGACUUAUCGUGCGAAUUACGAUUACGCUCCGGCGAACCAACCCCCACAGAUUUUCUUCGGAGAUGUCGCAACUUCGGAUGUAUAUUUCGCCGGAAGUUUAUUAGGUGAAACAUUUGGAAACAUCACGAAACUCUGGACGAACGAUACUGGAGUCUACGCUCUUACAGCUCAAGAAGAUAAUGCGAGUUUAGAAGCAAUGGUCAGAGCUUCAAAAGUUGGUUUGAUGGAUAUUUCCAGAGUUAUAUUAAUGAGGACUGCUAGUGAUUUCGAUAGAGCUCCUCAUAAUCAAGAAACGGUUUAUUCUUUUGAAUAUAAUCAAGGUGGAUACGAACCUGCUUUAGCUAAUAUACUAAUUGCUGGUCAACCUAUCGUUGAGGGUAUAAUCAAACACUGGGAACAAAAAUACAAAAAAGGUGUAAAACCUCAAGAUGGAUGGUUGUACAAUUCAGACGUUUUACAUACUUUGACAACACGUAAACGUAAGAGAAAUUUCGGUAGAUUUCGGGGUUGA